UCUGGCCCACAGAGCCCCAUCAAAAUCAAUAUUUAUCUGCCCCUGGCUGCCUAUCAUCCGGCCCUCAAUGACUUGCCAAAACUCAGUAAGUGGCCCUCAGCUCUAAAUAAUUGCCCGCCCCUGGGUUAGCAGAAUCUGUCCCACAUGCCUGUCUAAAAUAAGUUUUGCCAUAUUAUUAGCUGAAGUAUAAAGUUUCCCUGUGCCCCCCUGCCUCCCACAUUGUGAAUGCAUGUAUACAAGAUAUAAAAAUCACCAUUGUAGCUUAUUUGGGCUGGGGAACCAAAACAAGGUACACCAGUAUAAGGCACCUUAACAUUGAUAUAGUUAUAUCUAGAUUUAGGUUUUUACUGGCUUCUGGGCUUUUACUGGCUUAGGUGUCUAGGCAAAAUUCACACUCCUGUCAGUGCUGUCAAUAAUACUUAAAUGCAGACCAGCCCUCAAUAUGCAGUAGGAUUGUUUGUUUGAUUGGGGGCUACAAGAACAAGCUAACUAUGUUAAUGAUAUGGGAUCCCAAAGAGUUUAACUAUUCUAUAGCUCUUUUGUAGAAAAAAUUUAGCAUGAGAAUUGCCACAUUAGGACAGAUCAUUGAGUCCAGGCACUGCCAUCCCAGCAUUUGCUGAUGCUAAAUGCUUCAGCUGUAGAUCUAUGAUAGGCACUUAAAACUUAAAUAAUAAGUUUUUGUCUUGGCUGCUUGCUAUGCCUUGGAAAUGUGAAAAAGCAUGUUGCUAGGUGCAAAGAGAGAGCGAUUCAUGGCACACCCAACUCUGGAGAAACCUGACCAGUAAAUGGAAUCACUCUACACAUUUAUCCACAACCAUGUAGUAGUCCAGAGAAGCAAGUACAUCAGGAACCUACUGGUAACCGGAGUCAAACAAGACAAUGGAUUGGGGAUCACUGCAAGCUGUGGUGGGAGGUGUGAAUAAACACUCCACCAGCAUCGGAAAGGUCUGGCUCACUGUCCUGUUCAUUUUCCGUAUUAUGAUCCUCAUAGUGGCUGCAGAGAAAGUCUGGGGAGAUGAACAAGAAGAUUUUGUCUGUAACACACUACAGCCUGGAUGCAAAAAUGUUUGUUAUGAUCACUUUUUCCCCAUCUCUCAUAUUAGACUCUGGGCCCUUCAGUUGAUCUUUGUCUCAACUCCUGCACUUUUGGUGGUAAUGCAUGUUGCUUACAGACGACAUGAGAGGAAGAAGCUAUUCAGGAAGGGAGAUCAAAAUUGUGAAUAUAGAGACAUUGAAGAGAUAAGAACCCAAAGAUUUCAUAUUGAGGGAUCCUUGUGGUGGACAUACACUGGCAGCAUAUUCUUCAGGUUGAUUUUUGAAGCUGCCUUCAUGUAUGCAUUUUACUUCAUGUAUGAUGGAUUCCGAAUGCCACGUCUAGUGAAAUGUAGUGCUUGGCCUUGCCCAAACACAGUGGACUGUUUUGUUUCUCGACCUACUGAAAAGACGGUGUUCACUAUUUUUAUGAUUGCUGUGUCUAGUAUUUGCAUUAUGUUAAAUGUGGCUGAAUUCUGUUAUCUAGUGAUAAAAUGUUUCCUUAGAAGGUCUAGAAGAGCAGGAUCUCAAAGACAUUCCCCCAGCCUUGAGAAUAAAGAAGAAACUAAACAAAAUGAAAUGAAUGAGCUAAUAUCUGAUAGCUGUCAGAACACAGUUCCAUCAUUUUCAAAGUAGCUAAGGUGAUGUGAAUGUUGGGAUUCACUCUCUUCACAGAGUGAAUGCUCUCUUUUUUUAGAGGUUCAGAUUAAAUCAAUUGUAUGUAAAAUUUUAAUAUAUAAUGUCAGGUGGGAAUUCUACAACUAAUUUAAAAGUCCAGAAAGCAUGAAGAUGGGAAAACUGAAUAAGGAUUAAGUAGGAUACUACAUCUUUUAAGAAUAUCCUUAACAAGCUGACUAUGACAAAUGGAAACUCACUAGUCUGUUUAUAGUGACAUGAAACAUAAAAACAGUGUGUUCAACAGCCACAAGAACAAAUCUGAUCUGUUUUCAAGCUAGAUACUCUAGUAUCUAGCACCUAUAGCAGUGAUAGGUUUUUACUCACUUGUGAACUUUUCAAUUAAAAUAUUUUUGUAAAGUAUGAGAUUCCUUGUUACUUAAAGUGUUAUAGUGUAUAACUGAGUAGUGUGUGUUUGUUUUGGGGUUUGUUUGUUUGUUUUUUGGUUUUGUUUUUUUUUUCCAAGACCAGCAAAUGCAACCACUAAUGCCAUUUUAAUAGAGAGAGAUUAGUUUAAGUAUAUCAACUUCAAACAUAGACCAGGUCCUGCUGUAAAUAAUUCUGUUAGUAUUUUUAUAUUACAAACUGCCAAUGUUAUGAAAUCAUAGAUAUUAUUGAAAUAAGCCACCUAUGUUUUCUAAUGAAUUAGACAUGUUUUAUUUCAUGUACUGUAUAAGGCUAUGGAACCUGGGGGGAGGGGGGGGGUUUGUUUGUUUAGACUGUACACUGAGAAUGCCAAAAUGGUGUGAAAUUAGGGACUUACUAGUUCCCUAACUAAUAAUGUGGAAAAGCUGGAAUCUGAGCUGUUUUUUGAAUAAAAAGCAAAUGCUAGAA